UGCCACAAACAACACUACCGACCCGGUUGAAGAGACGAAGACCCAGAAAGAUUCUUUUACCGGAAAAAAAUUGACUUCUACAAGAAAUCAAAAAAACUUAAAAAAGGAAUGGUGAUCUAAGAAAACACUACUCCAUAAGAGAGAGCUUUCUUCACUUCCUCGGGUACUCUGAAUUCUGUUCACUGACGAAAUGAGACCUAACAUUGUUUCCGAGGCGAGUGUUACUACUCGGAUCAGUCAAUGGUGGGAAGGGAUUCCAUUCAUCACAUCUGCUGUGGUUGCUAUUUGUGCAGCUAUCUACUUGGUUUGUCUUUUGGUUGGCUAUGACUCCUUCGCCGAGAUAUGCUUCUUGCCUCCAGCAAUCUUAUCGCAGUUUCAAGUUUACAGGAUAUACACCUCCGUUCUGUUUCAUGGUUCAUUCCUACAUGUCUUCUUCAAUAUGUUAGCACUAGUUCCUUUGGGUUCUGAGCUGGAAAGGAUCAUGGGUUCUGUACGCCUUUUGUACACGACAUUGUUAUUGGCUCUAAGCAAUGCUGUAAUUCAUCUUCUUAUCGCACUGUUGGUAGCACACAACCCUUUCCACCCUUACACGUUUCUUAUGAAUGAGUGUGCCAUAGGCUUUUCAGGAAUUCUCUUUUCUAUGAUUGUUAUAGAGACAAGUUUGAGUGGAGUUCACUCCAGAAGUGUUUUUGGACUCUUCAAUGUGCCUGCUAAAUGGUAUCCUUGGAUCCUGUUGUUGGUCUUUCAGCUACUCUUGACUAAUAUCUCGUUCCUUGGACAUCUUAGUGGCAUUUUAUCUGGGUUUGCUUAUACUUAUGGGCUAUUCAACCUUUUUAUACCUGGAACUUCCUUCUUUUCUGGCAUUGAGACUUCGACAUGGCUUUCAGCCUGUGUGAGGCGGCCUAAGUUCAUCUUAUGCUCAGGUGGGAACUCUUCGGGAUACAUUCCUACAUAUUCUAGUUCGAACUCCACUUCAGGUUGGGGCAGUGGUUCAGCUACUACAAACCUAUGGAGUCAUCUGUCUUCGUUGAUGCCACAGAGAGAUACUUCCUCACAGAAUGUGCAGUCAACAGAUUCAACACAAGAUACCCGCUUUCCCGGUAGGGGGAGGACUCUUAGCGCUCCAAGAAGUGAGACAGCUGCUACUGAUUCAAACCUGCAAACCAGGCUUUUGGACAAUGCAGGCUCAAAUGGUGUCAAUUCUGGAGGUGAAAGGCCAGCGGUUGUAAAUAAUGUCACAGAGCCAAUCAGUUCUCCACAGCAGCAACAGGCAUUGGUUGUUUCUGAAGAAGAUAUUCAAAAGCUCGUCGCCAUGGGUUUUGAUAAGACUCAAGUGGAAGUUGCCCUAGCUGCAGCUGAUGGAGAUCUGGAUGUAGCUGUUGAAAUUCUAAUGACACAACAGGGAUAAUGCAAUUCACUUACAGGCUAACUUCCUCAAAGACAGCUGCCUGAGAUCAUAGUUUUGUUUCUUGAAAUUUUAGUGUAUGUAUAGUUAGUUGUUUAUGGUUUGUAAUUCUUACAAUACUUUGGACAACAGUUGAAUACGAUCAACACCAUAACUUUCUCUGUAUGAACAACCUGAUUUUAUUACUUGAAUCAGACACAUAAAUUCAAUGUGAA